AUGGCCGACCAAAACAUAGAGAUCCAAAUCGAUCCAAACGCAGAGAUUCAAAUCGACCUCCAAACCCAAGAGAUCCUCCUUGCCGCUUCGCAACAUGAUAUCCCCAAGCUCCGUCGCCUGAUCCGUUCUCAAGAGGCCGUCCCCAACGCCGCCAACGUCAAGGACACGGAAACAGGAUACUCUCCCCUCCAUGCGGCCAUCGCGGCGUGUGAAGCGGACGAUGAGCCCGUCAAUGGGGCACCCAAUGGUGCCGAGGCAAAUGGCGUCCAGCCUGGCCAGGACAAAAGCGUCGUGGAAUCGGGCGUGAAAACCGUCAGUUUCCUCCUGCAGGAGGGAGCAAUCUGGAAUGACCUAGAUCUGAACAACGAGACACCCGGAUGUAUCGCGAAACGCAUUGGACAGAACGAGCUGUACGAAAUGAUUGUGGAUGCGGGUGUUCGGGCUGAAUUGCUGCUUAACCGACUAGACGGAUACGAGGAGCUGUCAGAGAUGGACGAGGACGAGGAAGAAGGCGGCGAGGACGCUGAGAAAACGCAGGACGAGCAGGCUACGGCCGUCGAUGACCAGACGGCGCCUGAAUUGGUUGAUGCUACACAGGUUGAGGCUGCCGGGCCGGAUGUGUCUCAAUCGCGCUACCUAGACUCCAACCUUACCUUCCAGCAGGAUCGCCUGCUGGAUCAGGACCAGAACGGUGUGAUGAUGGCCUGGGAAUCAGACAUCAUGGCCAAGUCGGCGAAGAAGCUUCUCCCGACCCCGGGACUGCGUGUGCUCAACGUCGGCCACGGCAUGGGCAUUGUGGAUGGAUUCCUACAGGAGCAGUCGCCUGCCGCACACCACAUCAUCGAGGCGCAUCCGGACGUGGUCGCGCAAAUGAAGAGUAAGGGCUGGGACCAGAAACCCGGAGUCAAGAUUCACGAGGGCAGAUGGCAGGAUAUCCUCCCUGCCCUGGUGGGAGAAGGCGAGCAGUUCGAUGCCAUUUACUACGAUACUUUCGCCGAGUCGUACGGUGAUUUCCGCGAGUUCUUCAGCGAGCAGGUCAUCGGCUUGCUGGACCAGGAAGGUAAAUGGAGCUUCUUCAACGGCAUGGGUGCCGAUCGCCAGAUCAGUUACGAUGUCUACCAGAAGGUGGUGGAGAUGGAUCUGUUCGAGGCAGGAUUCGAUAUUGAUUGGGAGGAGAUCCCCGUGCCUACGCUGGAGGAGGAAUGGAACGGCGUGCGCCGACCAUACUGGCGCAUUGAGAAAUACCGACUGCCCUUGUGCAGAUACAUGGAUUAA